ACACGUCAGUGACACUUAUUUGCUUGCAUAAAUCAUGCACGGCUCGGGUAGCCGAGAGGCGCGCGCAGAACUUAGCCGGGAAAUCGAUGUCCCGUGUUCCCAAAACUUUAGUGCCACUUGUACUUAAGUAUAAGGUUGCUCAUGCACGAACUAAAAUUGUUUUCUAUAUGCGUGCACGAAACGUACGCAGUGUAUCCACCGACGAGCACGAUCACCUGCCAGGUAUGAGUUGGAACAGUCAGGAAGACGAAGCACGCAAGGGGAAACAUGUGUUGUCCAUUGAACGUUACAUUCCGUUUUUGCUGGUAGCGCUUAAGUACGCCCGAAUGUGUCCCGCUGAGUCGUUUCCGACAUAUAAAAUAGUAUUCUUAACGGGACUGGUGGUUUUCAUAAUCGUAACAAUAUUUCUGAAUGUACUGUCGGAAGUUGCCAUAAUUGUAAUAGGCAUAGAUGGAGAUGGGAUUGCUGAUGUCAUCAGUGUAUCCUCUACGUGGGUCGUAGGUCUACUAAAAUGGUGUUAUUGUACAAUAUACAAUAGAAGACUUUUCGAUAUCGUGAAGAAAUUGGAAAGAUGUCAUGUGUUUUGUCAACGUAUUGACAGUACUAUGGAAGGUACGCAAAACGGCAACUUUUUAGGACGCGAAAUUUAUAUGAAUGAAAUUGAAUCCGCACGGCAGUAUUGCAACGUCUUCUUCGUAUGGUGGUUAUGCAUGUGUAACUUCACAGUUCUUCAGUGGUGUGUUGCCCCGCUGCUAUCAGGAACUUACAAGAUGUACUUGAUCAAUGAUACAUUUACAGACAGAGAUUUGCCUUAUAUCGCAUGGUUUCCGUUAGAUACUCACAGCAGUUAUAAUUAUAUUUUUCUGUAUAUGGUGCAGGCAUUCGGAAUGUUCUCUUGUGUUUUUGGAAUUGCUUAUUUCGAUUGCUUUUACGUUUCAAUGCUGAUUGUCAUCUCUGCACAACUUCAAUACAUCAAUACGAUACUAACCAAAACUCAACACACUGAGAACAAACGAGCGCCAGAGACGGUAUCCAGCCUCAUGAAAAAAUUAAAAAAUUGUGUGGCAUGUCAUGCUGAAAUUAUAGAAUUUUUAGAUAAAUUACAAACUUUUGCCAGCCCGAUUAUGUUCGCCCAAUGCAUCGAAACAUUAUUUGUCCUUUGUUUAGUCUCCUUCGAAGCGUCAGCAGUCAAGCUUACGAUGGAUAAAGAAAAUGCUCUCGUAUUGAUUAAACUGAUUGGAUACUUCUUAGCUGUUUCAAUUCAACUGGGAUCCUUCUGUAUCUUCGCUACUCAAAUUACACAUUUAGCAUUGCAAAUUCCGCAUUCGGUAUAUUCCUGCGGAUGGGAGAUUACGAUUUUCGAACAAAAGCAGGAAUCCGGUACCAAUAAAACAUUUAAGUGCUCUGAUAUCGAUGCAUUGAUACAAAUGAUAAUGUUGCAAGCACAGAGACCGAUUAUGUUGACAGGUGGUCCAUUUUACAUACUUUCAAUGGAAACUUUCAGAGCCGUAAGCAGUUAG